AUGGCGGAAUAUAGACAUCUGGCAAACGCCCACCAGCAGUGGGUUGAUUUCCCCAAAAAUCUUCCUCCCAAUACCCGCCGUGUUCCCAUGACCAGGGAUCACCUCCAAAUAGUGCCUCAGAUUGGUCUCGACAUCGAUGAAUUCACUGUUCCCGCCCGAGACGGCCACUUGAUUUGUAUACGUUCCUACAAACAAAAAGGUCGCACUGACCUGCCCCUUCUCAUAUAUCUGCAUGGUGGAGGAUUCGUGACAGGCGGCUUGGAAACGGAUGAUGACUCGUGCCGCGCUCUCGCAACGCAAGUGCCCCUGGUGGUGCUGAAUGUCGAGUAUCGUUUGGCACCCGAAAACAAAUUCCCGGUCGGAUUUGAGGACAGCUUCGAUGUUGUCCGCUGGGCUGCCACUCAUGGAUCUGCUCAACUGCCGAUCAAUCUCCAGCGGGGAUUCCUUCUAGGAGGAACCUCCGCUGGUGCCAACUUCACCGCUGGCAUCUCUCAUUUGGCUGUUCGGGAAGGCCUGUCUCCCCCUUUGACGGGUCUUCUCUUUCUAGCUGGAAGCUUUUGUCAUCCAGAUGUGCGCCCUGCAGAGUAUCGAGAUCGCAUUCUGAGUGUGGAUGAAAUCAACGAUGCACCAGGCCUGACACGAAAGUCUAUUGAUUACUUUGCAGCAAAAUAUGGCGCUCCCCCUGAAGACAAACGCCUUUCACCGCUGCUUUUUGAUUCGCAUUCUGGUCUUGCACAAAAGGCGGUAUUUUAUGUUUGUGGCUGGGAUCCCCGGCGGGAUGAGGCCCUGCUUUUUGAGCAACUUCUGAAAGAAGAGAGGAUUGAAACCAAGCUAUACGUCUAUCCAGGUCUGCCUCAUGGGUUUUGGACGACAUGUCCCGACUUGGAGGUUUCAAAGAGCUGGUCGGAGGAUUUAGUGCAGGGCGUUAAGUUUUUGUUGGGAUAG